CCUCUCUUUCUUUCUUUUGCUCGUUCUUUCUUUUGUUUUCACUUUGUUUCUUCUUCCCAUCCUGAUUUCUUCCCGUCCUGAUCUGGAGCAAUGGCGACGGAAGAAGAAACACGGGAAACAACAGAUGGCCUGGAAGUUCAAAUGGAAGCUGCAAACGAUUUGCAAACACAACUUGACAGCAAGCAUUCUUCUAUUAAAGAGAUAAAGUGUGAGGCGCGAACCAUGGAUUCAACUGGAGGAAUAUUGAAGAUUCCAGAGGACCAAGUUUUAGUAGAAGCACCCUCUGAAACCACAAUUCCUUCAGAACAUAAUCUAAAUGGCAUGGCAUCCUCUCUGAAUGGGCAUGUGGAUAAAGAAGAGAAUAUGUCAACUGAGCAGCCCCAUGAAACUAAUCAGGAAAGUCAAGAGCAGGUAGAAACUUCACCAGAGGGAAUAGGUACCUAUCAGAGAAACAAACGUAAUGAAGAGGAGGUAACUGAUUCUCUCAGCCAUGGAGAGAGUGCAUCAGAAGAUAUCACCCUUCCCAAAUUUGAGAAUGCAGAGGCCACGGAUCAUGGCCAACAAGGUUUUGAAGGUCAUGUAAUGAAUGACACCAUGGUACAGGAAAUUGAUAAUGCUAUUGAGCAAACAGUUGAUGCUUAUGAUCUGGAUCCAUCAAAAGAAACCAAGGAUACACAACCUGCAAUCAUGACAAGUCUUCCUGAUGAUGAGGUUCUAGCCCAAACUCUGCCUGGAAUCAAGUCUCCUCUGAAGCCUAAUGUGGACGACUUUAAUGCCAUUCCAGAUACUAUAGAUGGAAACAAAGAAACAGAUGAAUCGACUAAAGAUGAGGAUAAAUUUAUCGUAGAACAUGCAGACGAAGAAGCCAAAGUACAAGAUCAACAGAGUAAACAAGCUGAUGAUAUGGAUGCAGAGGUGUUGCAGGAAGAGAUAUCUGAAAGCAAGGAACCUGAUGUGCCUAAAACUGAAGAAGCCGAUGAGGCGUCAAUUGAUGAUCAAGGAGCUCUGGGUCAAGAACCAGCUUUAGAAACCAAUGCCAGUUUGUCCAUAAAAGCUGAAGAAACUUGCCACAAAGAGAGCUAUCCAGAAGAGAAAGUUAUUGCAGAACAUGCAGAAGAAGAGGUCAAAGUAGCAGAUCAACAGAGUAAGCAAGUCGAUGACAUGGAUGCAGAGGUGUUACAGGAAGAGAUAUCUGAAAACAAGGAACCUGAUGUGCCUAAAACUAAACUAACCGACAAGAUGCCAAUUGAUGAGCAAGAAGCUCCGAAUCAAGAACCUGUUUUAAAAACCAAUGAGAGUUUAUCUGUAAAAGCUGAAGAAAUUUGCCAUGAGAGCAAUGUGGUCACUGGUGGGGAGAGAACUCCAGAAGAUGAUGCCACUACAAGGGGGGUAACUGUUGAUAUCAAAGAAGAGCAAAACCAGGGAUCAGUAGAAGAGGUAAAAGAUGCUGAAGCAGUUGAUACUGAAGAAAUAGUGCAACAAAGUAGUGUUGCUUUUGAUGAGACAAUUCAAGAUCAUGCAGCAACUACAGAUCCCAGUUCUGAUAUCCAACAUAUACCGAACACCGAACCAGAAGAAACCAAGGACCCUAGUGCUGUCGAAGCUGAAGAAGUAGCCAGUCAGAGCAAUAUGGCUUUUUCUGAAGAUGCAGUUCAAGAUAAGGUAAUACCAAGUGAGCCACCAGAAGAUAUACAACCAGUGCAGGAGUUGGAACAAGAAGAAACUAAGCAAGAUGAUGAAGCUUCAGACAAAACAAAUCCUUCUAUCUUCAGCAGCUUAAAUCAAGAAGAUGGUACCGGGGCAAGUGAACCACAUGCAACAGAACUAGCAGAAGAGGCUGCUGCCUUCAGUAACUUACAUCAAGAAGGUGGUAUAGCUGACACUGAUGAACUAGAAGAGGCAAAGGAAAUUGAAGCCACUGAAACUGAAGAAAUCACCCACCAAUCCCCUGCUGCUAUUUCCACAGAACUGCCAAUAGAAGAUAAUUCAACAUCAAGUAAGCCACAUAAUGAUGAAGUUCAGCAUUCCCUGGAACAAGAUUCAAUGGAAGUGAAGGGUACUGAAGCUGCUGAGAUUCAAGGAAUCUCCCAUGAAAGAACUAUUGCUACUUCUAAGGAGGAUGCUGUGGAAGAUGAUGGCACAGAAAAAGGACCAAGCUGUGUUUCUCAAGAAGUACAAGAUGCAGAGUCAUCAGAAGAAAUCAAGGAAAGAAAAGUUGAUGAUGUUGUAGAACCAUCUAAUGUGGCAACUGUCGAUGAUGUAGAAAAAGAAAACAAUGUUCAGACAAUUGAGAAUAUUGCUGAACUGCAACUGCAGGGUCUUGAAUCAGAAGAAAACAAGAACCCUGAACCUUUUGAAACAGAAGAAGAUUUCAACAACAGACAUUCUGCUCCUUUCAACGAUCCAGAUGAAGAAGUGAAAACAACAGAAUGUGAGACAGAGAACACAGAGUCAACAGUAGAAAUAAAGGAAACUGAAGACACUAAAACUGAAUCAAUUCCCCAGGAAAGCAAUGCUUCUAUUUCUGAGGAGCCUACUCCAGAAGAUAGUGUAACAGCAAGUGAAACAAACACUCGAGAGCUAACUAUUGCAGGAUCAAUAGAGGCCAUUGAGGACAGCAAAGAUACAGAAACUGAAGAAAACACUGACCAAAGUAAUGAGGUUUUUGCUGGGGAGGCAACUCAAGGAGAUAACAUACUUGAAAGCGUGUCAACUGCUCAUACACAACCAAUGCAGGAGCUGGAAUCAGAAGAAAUAAAUAAAGCUGAAUUUGUUGAUUCGAGUGUCCAUCAAAAGGAUGAUGCUGUCCCUCAGAAGAAACAUCUAGAAGUUAAUCCAACCACAUGCGAGACAAAUGUGAUUGUAUCAGCAGAAGUGAGCAGUGCUGAAGUCUCCGAAGAUCAAGAAAUUGUCCACCAAAGCAAUAUUACCCAAUGCGAGGAGCAAGCAACUGAAGAAAAUUUAACAGAAGGUGAACAACGCAUCCUAGAAAUGGGAUCAGUCCAGGAUAUGAAGGACACGGAAGCUACUGAACCUGAAUUCAUCUCCCAGCAAAACAUUGUUUCUACUUCCAAGGAGUCUGCUUCAGAAGAAAAUGCUGCAGCAAGAGAACUUGGUUUUGAUGACAGAGAAACACAAAAUGAUGGACCAGAAUUAACAACUGAACAUGAUGAUAUGAAGGCCUUAGAAAUACCUGACCAAAGCAGUGAGGCUAUUGUUGAGGGGACAGCUCAAGAAGACAGUCUAUUAGCAAGUGAGCCAGCCAAUAAUGUGCAAGCAAAGGAGCUUGAACCAGAAGAAAUAAGGUACACUGUAGAUGGUGAAACAGAAGAAGCUUCCCAUCAAACGCAUGAUGCUGCUGUUGAAGGUAAUUGGACAAGUGAGCCAGAGAUGACAGAAUCAUCAGAACAGAUGAGAGACACUGAACCAACACUCCAUGACAGCAAUGUUGCUAGUGUGGAGGAAAUAGAAACACAAGAUAAUGCAGCAACUGAACAAAAUGUUGGUAACCAGCAACUUCAGGAGCAAGAAUCAGUUGAAUUCAAGGAAACUGAAGUUCUUGAACCUCAAGGAGUCAUCCCAUCUCAUAAUGUUUCUAGUUCUGAGGAGUUUAAUCUGCAAGAGACUGUAACAAAAGAAGAACCAAGUUCUGACACUCAAGUGGAGGAAUCAUCAGUAGUAAUUGAAGAUAGUGAAGAUGUGAGUAGUGCUGUACUUUCUGAGGAGGCAGCUCCCGAAGAACAUAUACUAGCAACUGAGGCAACUGUUGAUACAUCACCAGUUCAGGAAGCAGAAGUAGAAGAGAGUAAAAAUAUUGAAUCUGUUGAAGUAGAUGAUAAUACAGCAGCAAGCGACCUUCCAGGAGAAGAGAUGGACACUAAAGUCAUAGCGACUGAAUUGAUCCCUUAUGAGAGCACGACUGCAGGCGUCAAGGAACUCAAUGAGGAUGUGAAAGGCAAUGUUGCUCUUGCCGAGGAUGCAGCUUCAGAAGAACAUAAGCCAGAACUAGAGGAGAUCAAGAGCACUGAGCCAGCUGAAAAAGAACAUAAUAUAAUAGAAACUGGCCUGCCAGACGAAGAGAUGAAGGGCAGUGAAGCCAUGGAAACGGAAACAGUCCCUCAUGAUAGUAACGUUGAAAGCAUCAAGGAACUUGCUGAAGAUGAUAUAAUAACAGCAAGCGCACCGGAUGUUGACAUUCAACAAGUUGCAGAGCAAGAAUCAGUUGAAGACAUGAAGUACAUUGCUACUGCAGAACAUCCAGGGGAAACCCCAGAAAGCAUCGUUUCUACUUCUGACGAGCUUACUCCAACAGGAGAGAUCACAAUAGUAACUGAGACAACUUUUGCCAGUCAACCUGUGCAGAGUUUAACAGAUCAAGAAACCGAGGACAGUAAAUAUGUCAAAACUGAGGAAUCCUCUGAACUCAGUACCUUCUCUACUCCUGAAGAGGCAGUGCAAGAAAGAGAUUUACUAAAGAGUGAGCCAUCUUACGAUAUUCAGCAAGCACAAGAACUGGAUUCAACAGAACAAACUAAAGGCACUGAACAUGUGGAAACUGAAGAUUACCAGAAAAAUGGAGUUUCUACCCUUGAGGAGUCAACAACAGAGGUUGAGACAAAUGUUGAUGAUCAAGAUGUGCAGGAGAACAACUCAGUGGUAGAAGUCAAAGAAAAUGAACAUAAAGAAACUAAGAAAGCAGCUCAAGAAAGCAGUGAACUGGUAACUGAACAACCUUUUUAUGUCCAACCCGUGCAGCAGAUUGAACUAACCAAAUAUAGUGAGGACAAUCAACUCAUAGAGGCAGAAGAAACAUCCAGCCAAAGCAACAUUGUUACCCCUAAUGAUCCAACUGCAGAAGACAAAGUUGCAAAUGAAAUCGACCAAUCUGUUGAUAUUGAUCAAGGGCAUGAACUAGAAUCAGUGGAAGAAAUCAAGGAUAUUGAUGCUACUGAUUCUGAAGAAACCUCCCAUACAGGCCAAGCAGUUUCUUUAGUGGAGCAAUCUUCAGAAAGUAAUCUAUCAGCUGCUGAGUUGACUCAUGGUGUUCAACAAGUGAAUGUCUUGGAUGCUGUGAAAGAAAUAGAGGGCACCGGAGACACUGGUGGUGAAGAAAUCUUCUAUGAACAGACAGAUAUUUCAGUGGAUCCAUCUCCAACAGAUAAUGCACAAGCACUACAAGAUUAUCCUGUGGAGUCAAACGAAGAAAACUUGGGCAAAGGAAUCGAUGAUGUGAUUUCAGUGCAUGAAAAGGUCAAGGAUGAUAUACAUGAGUUAGCAGAGCUAAAGGAUAAAACAUCGGAAUUGGGUGAAACAACUCAGACAAGUGUGAACAGAUCUGAGGAACAUGAUCACAUUUCUACUGAAGAUACAAUAGAGACUUCAAACAAUACAAAUCUAGAUAAACAUGAUUCAGGCCAGAUAUCAAAUGUUCAAGAUAACGAGAAACUUCAUGAUGUGAUGCUUCAAACACAAGUUUGUGAAAGAUCGGUGGAUACCAUAGUCAUUGGGCAACAGGAUGAUGCCGUGAAGAGCGUUAACUUGGAUCAACAGGGAAAAGAAUAUGAGGAGAUUGAGAAGAAAAAGGAAGAACUCCCGUCUAAUGAACAGAAACAUGAUGACAAGACGGCUGAUUUCAUCAUAGAUACACAAGUAGAGUCCAUUGAUGCAUUUGAGGCUGAACAAACAGAUACAGGGGCUACUGAAGUUCUCAAUGAUGAAGUAACUCAACAUAUAUCCAACGAUUCAAUCCCAACAACUGCAGAUGCGAUGGUUAAAAACAUCACAGAAAUAAAAGAAGAAACUGAAGAAGGGAAUGGACCAAACAAUGACGGUACUCCAGAGGUUUCUGCCAAAAAUUACAAUGAAGAUGUGCAGGAGAACAGUGAAAAGGAUGCAGUGGUAGCAAACACUUCAAGUAGUGAACAGGAUGAAACAAAUGGUGAAAUUAGAAAUGAAGAGGUCGAAUCUUGUUUGGCAUCAUCUCUGGAGAGAGAUCUUCAAGCUGACUCAGUCCUUUCAAAUGACCAAAUGCUAGAGAAUAAUCCUAUAGUUGUUCCACAGAAUGAUCAGUACAGACUGCACAGAGCAGAGAAAGAAUACCUAGACAAAGUCAACGUUGAGAUGCAUGCCAUUCAAGAAUCAGAUAAAGUGAUUGAAGGUGCAGAAGAAAAACAAGAAGUGCAAAAUGAAGACAAUGUUGUUCGCCAUGAUGAAUCCCUGACCACAACUCAAAAGGAAGAGACAUCCCAACUCCAUACUGAUGAACAACACAGUGCAGGCAGUAAAAUGGACGAUACCAGAAUUUCCUAUGCAGAAAUCACACCUGAAAAUACAAGUGCAGAGCCCAGAGAAGUUGAAAAUACAGAUGAAAAGAAAGGAUUCGAGGCCUUUCCUGAAUUUGAUGUGGAAACAUCCAAUCAAAGUGAUGUUGAUCACGACUUGAGCAUUCAUCACCAGGUUGAAGAUGAAAAGUCGGCGGCCACAGAGAACAAUGGUGUAGAAGCUGAAGAUGUGCAUCCAAAACUUGAUAUGUCAAUUGUUGAGACAAAUAAUUACAAUAAUUUGUCUAUAACCAAUCCCUUGCCUGAGCAUGAAACAGAGAACGCCUCAGAUAUAAAUCAAAACAGACAAUAUCAGGAAGCAACUAAUGCAGAUGCAAUUGAAAACAUUGAAACUGGCCAUAUCAAGAAAAUGGAGACAAACAAUACUGCAACAACUGAAGUGGUCAAACCCAAGGAAGAUAUAUGUGAUAAGGCUAGUGGAGCUGAUGGCGUACCAUCUGAUGGAAGUCUUAAGACAUCUGAGGACACCAGAAGGAACCUUGAUGUUUCAUCUGCAAUUACAGAAUUAAAGGAAGAAAAUAUGAACAACGAGAUGGAAGAUUACAAGCUUGAUCUUCCUGUGCAUCCUAUACAGGAUGAAAACUCAACUGAGAAGGGAUCUGGCUUGGAUGAUACAGGAAAAGAGUCCAAGUCACCAGAGAAGGCACUGCCUGCUGAACCAGAAGAGCAGGAAGAGUAUCAAGUAACCAAACAACAAGAUGAAGGAGACAUGCAGGAUCCAGAACUUGGUGGUGCACAGAAAGAGGAUCAGAAAGAAUCUGAGCAAGAUUAUUUACCUGUCUCUAGUUUCCUGAUGAACCUAAUAUUGGGAAAAGAGAAUGAUGAUCCAACAAAAGAUUCAGAAACAGAGGUAGAAAAGAAGCAAGAAGAAACUAUGAACGAUGACAGUUCUUUGAUCAAUUCGCAACAAGAAGAAAGUUCGGUGUCAUUUCCAGUAGAAAAUAUGGUAGAUGAAAAGGUCACCUUCGAACAAGAAAUGGAAAAGGUAGAAGGCUCUGAAGAAACAAAAGAGCCAGAAAAAGAACAGAGUCAUGAUGUCGAGCUGGACAUCCAAAAAUCAUUAGAAACUGAUGAAGAGCUCAAAAAGAACACUCUUGAUUUGGAAGCGCCAAUAUACCAAGAUAAUGCCCAGGAUGAGAAUUCUAGCAAACUGAUAUCAACCAAGGCAGAUGAUCUGAACAAAAAGGUGGAAGCUAGAGACUUUGAGUUCGAUGAAAAGUCAUUUGAUACUGUUUGUCAGGAAAAUGUGGCAGUGGAAAUAGAAACUGAAAAAGGAAGCUUGAAUAGAAACCAAGUUGACAUAACAAUCCCAAAGGCUUCACAAGAGGAUGCUUUGGAGGAAGUAGGAACAGAACUUCCACAUGAGUCUUCACAUGAAAACGGACAUGAUGCAAAGGCUGAGCAAACACUCUCCUUGACAGAACCAGAUAUAGGCAACACUGCAAAAUUGCCUAACGAUGACGACAGUAUUCAAAGCCCUCCUUGCACAGAACAAGAAGAGACCAUUGAAACUUCCUAUGUUGAAGUGAGAAGUAUUACUGAGGUUCAAGUGGAAAGUGAAGCAGUAGAAAAGAAAGAGAACCAGUAUACAAUUACAAGUGGAGAAACUGAAGAACAGAUGGAAAAUUUACAUGAUGAUAAGUCGAAAGAAACAUAUUCUGAAGCAAUUUCUGAUGAGCAGACAACUGAAACCACUGAACCAGUUAGCUACACUCAGAGAGAUUUUGCUUAUGAAAAGGAAAUUCCAGCAAGUUUGACAUGCAUAGAUAAGAAAGAGAGUAAGAUCUCAAACAAUGAAGUCAGCAAAUUUGACAAGGCUCUUGAUAUACCCUCACAUAUUCCAAAUUUGCAUGUUAACCAAGAUAAAAAAGAUGAAUCAGCUGAAAACCAAAUUGUGAUGGAGCAUAAGCUUGAAGACUCUGAUCUGCAGGAGGAGCAGGAAGUUGUUGCGCAAAAGUUCCUUAAAGAAACUGAAGGAAGCCAGAAAUUUAUGGCAAUAACAGAGCCUGCCAUAAAAUCUAAUGAAGAGCAAGAAUUGUUUGAUUCGCAGGUUCAGGAAAGUGGUCUCCAUGUGGUUUCACCAAAAGCUACUUCUGAGACUGAAGAAAAUUUUGUGAAGAUAACAAAGCCAGAAUUCAGCACAGAUGAAGAACAUAGUCCAAAGGUGGAUGAAACAAAUAAGACAGAAGAGAAGACUUGUGAUGAGAAAACAAAGGCUGAAGAGGAAACUAAUAAUAACGAUGAAAUAACAAUGAAGGUCGAAGAACGAGGAGCAGAACAGAAGGUAUCACAUAAAAAGCACAACAUUUUGUCUGGUGUUGGAUCAAAAGUGAAGCAUCAACUAGCAAAAGUGAAGAAAGCCAUCAUUGGUAAACCUGGGCACACAAAAUCUGAAUCACCAAAGUCAUAAAAUUCAAUUCAUCUUAGAGCAUGUAAUUCUUGUACAAUAUGUAUUUUUGGAGGUGUAGGAUAUUGCAAUGGGUUUAGUGAACCUCAAGGUAUCUGUAAUUUUGUAUGAAUGAUUCAUUAAAUUGCUGUGUUUUCAAAGACGCUUGUAAAUAUAGGCAGGCAGUGUGUAAUCCAAGUUCCCAUAAAAUUAGUAAUUGUUUGACAAACUUGGAGUGUGAAGUGGACAACAUGUAAAUGGCAUAUUUUUCUUUGUUAUUUCCUUGCUGAUAUGCAUGCGUUGUUUUCGUGGUAAUCGUGCAA